AUGGCCUCCUCCACAAACGUCCACCUCUCCCCCGCCGAGCUCUCCUACCUCCACACCUCCCUCAGUCUCAACCCCCCCAUCCGCCCCGACGGCCGCUCGCCGACUCAGUACCGGCCUUUGUCCGCCGAGACGGGGAUCCUGCCUGGGACGAACGGCUCGGCUCGGAUCUGCUUCGCGGACGGGACCGAGGCGAUCGUGGGGGUGAAGGCAGAAGUGGAAAAGACGAGGCGGAGGUGGGAUGACGAUACUAUCUUUGGGGAGAAUCAAAACCAGGAAGAAGGAGAAGAACAAGAUGAGGGGGAGGAGCAGGGGAGUAGUGAUUGGGUUGAGCUCACGGUUGAGAUUCCGGGGUACAGGGACGAUGAUAGUGGGACGGUGUUUUUGGGGCAGAUGCUUUGUGAGGCGCUGCUUGCUGAUGGGGGGUUUGUGAGGCGGUUGAGGAUUAAUAGACGGUUUCAUUGGAAGGUUUAUCUUGAUAUUUUGUUGAUCAGCCCGCCGCUUUCGUAUCCGCUUCCUUUGCUGUCAUUAACAACCCACCUCGCCCUUCUGGCCACCCGCCUCCCUAAACUCAAGUCAGAAGGGGAUGAAGACCCGUUUUUUGACGACGAUUGGGCUGCGGCACCGUAUCUGUACGCACGAAACCCGACCACGAAAAGAGUUACCGAACGCCCGCCUGUGACGUUGCUGGUGAUGGCGGUGGGGGGGAAUGUCAUUUUUGACCCGAGCAAGGAGGAGCUGGCAGUGGCGGAUGUGGUGCUGGCUGUUUCGGUUGGGGAUGACGCUUCGUCGCGAGAGGGUAGGAUGGAUGUGGAUGGGAGGAGCAACAACUCGGGCAGGAAUCUGAAGCUGUUGUCUAUCAGGACGGUGGACCCGCCUUCGAGACUGACGCCGCCGGGGGUGGCCAACGCGGCGAAUAGCGCUUAUGGGCAUGCGCAGGUUGUGAGUACGGGUGCGAACCAGAAGAUGCCCGAGGCGAGGCAGACGGAGAGCGAGGCUGUGGAGGGUGUUUGGAAACCGCCUAGGGGUGGUGCCAAGGCUGUUGUGAUGGGGGCGUUGGUGCAAAAGGUGCUGGUUAGAGGUGGGGUGGCGGAUGAGGUGCUGGAUGCUUUGGAGGGGGUUGACACUUCUUGA